GGAACGCAAGGCAGUGGUGGGGUAACAAAAAAGAGGGGAACAUCAUCUAAAGCUAGGGCCUCUUGGAAUGCAGACCUAGAGAAGGCUCUUGUGGAUUUGCUCCAUGAGCACAAUACUCCACAAUAUCGUGGGCAGAAUGGAUGGUCCACCGAUGUUUGGAACAGGAUUACCAAGAAAUUCCAUGAUAACCAUCCAUACAAGAAUUACACAAAGGGUCAGAUCCAAGACAAGGAGAAGGAGUUGAAGAGAGAGUACAAGAUGCUCAAGGAGGCUAGACAGCAGAGUGGGGUUUCGUGGAAUGAGAAACGGUUUAUGAUUGAAGCUGAUCCAGAGUUGUGGGACAACCUCAUCAUUUCAUUUCCUAAGAUCGGGAAGUUCCGUAGCAAUAAUGUUUUCCCCCUCUUUGAUGCCUUGGGAGAGCUAUAUGAUGGACAUCUUGCCGAGGGAAACUACAACUUCACUUCCACUGAACCAACACAGCACACACAAGUGGAGGUCAAUCCCGAGGUCAAUUCUGUAGAGGCGACACGUUCCCAUCAUGAUAUUGCAGAGACCUUGGUGGAUGAUACACAAGGAGGGAUGCAAGAGGCUAUUAUGAUGGAGAACUUUGUUGGGAAAGGGGAGGCUUAG